AUGGUACCAGGGGAGAUUUCUUCGCAGUUCAUCGAAAGACAAGUGGCUUUCCGAAGGCGGAACGAAGCUCAAUCGGAGCGUAAAAUUGAGGACAAGGUACAAGCACUAUUCAACGCAUUCAAUCAAAACAAUAACAGGGAAGAGCCUACUCUUAACGAAAAAGCCAUCCUAAACGCAACAACAACCGAAAUACCAGCCGAAGUGGAACAUCUGCUGAGUCUGGGUUCAAAAUUCUCGCUACCAUACCACAAUUUGUCUGAAGUUCCGAUGUAUCAUCUUAUCGCUGAUGUGGAAUCCAUCAUCAAGACUAGCAAUGAUGUCGCAGUACAAGAACGCACCAGAUGCGCGGUAGCAAAUCAAAUCCAAAACUACCUACACAGGAUGAAAGUCGGAAUCAGCAACGCACCUACUACAAAGUUCUACUGCAACGCCGAAAAACGCACCAGAGUGUUCCUGAACGCCCAUCCGGAGAUAAUUGUCGUCAAUUCGGAUAAAGGAAACAGGACCGUCAUAAUGGAAAGAGAAGAUUAUAAGAACAAGAUGAACGUUCUGCUUCAGGACAGCAAAACGUACAGGCGAGUGAAGAGGGAUCUUACAUGCAAGUUCCAGAACCAAAACAAUUCCAUUGUGAAGCGACUCCAAGAUCUGCACCUACUCGACCCAUAUUUGGCAUCAAAACUCAAAACGUACAAAGCAGUUUGCCCUAAAAUUUACGGUCAACCAAAAGCGCAUAAACCUGGGCUACCGCUCCGACCGGUUGUUCCGUGUAUGACAGCGCCGGCAUACGAACUUUCGAAGUUUGUAUCCAAAAUACUACAGAGCUCAAUGACAAGUAAGUACAACGUAAGGGAUUCAUUCAGUUUCUGUGAAUACGUGAAUUCCAUUGAACUUCCGGAAGGAUGUAUCCUAGUAUCGUUUGAUGUGGUAGCACUUUUCACGUCAAUCCCCAAAAGUUUAGUCAGGCAAAGCAUUUUUCGACACUGGGACGAGAUAACGCAUAACACUUCCAUUUGUCUCGAUCUGUUCUGGGAGAUUAUGGAGUUCUGCAUCGAUGCCAGCUACUUUGUCUUCGAAGGAGAAUUCUAUCAGCAAAUCUUCGGUACAGCAAUGGGCAACCCUCUUUCACCAAUAAUUGCCGAAUAUGUGAUGGAAGACCUACUCGACAAUGCUACUACUGCGACCAAUGUCGAAAUAACACAUUUAAAGAAAUAUGUUGAUGACCUGUUUCUCGUACUCCCCUCGGAUAAAAUACAAGAAGUCCUGGGCAUCUUCAACCAACAGAACACACACAUCCAGUUCACCGUAGAAAUAGAAGAAAAUAACCGGCUUCCAUUCCUCGAUAUGCUUCUCAUCCGCCAAGAAGACCGCACGAUAAAAACUGAAUGGUACAAGAAACCUAUAGCUUCAGCAUAA